AUGUUCGUGUGCACUAGAUGCAAAUUAGAAUUUAGAGAGGGUGCGCAAUGCAGCUCCUGUCAGGGGCACUUCGAUUUCCCUUGCGCGGGUAUAACGGAGAACGGGUACCGAAAACUCGGUGACAGGCGCAACACAUGGAGGUGUGCUACCUGUAAAGUUGCCGGAAGUUCCAGCCCGCGUUCGGGGUCGUCCAAAGCCCCCUUCCCAGUCGAUCUUGAGAAGGUGAUGGAGGAUUUGAAGUGCCUGAGGAUCCAGUUGGCCCCACUCCCGUCGAUGAUUGAAACAGUGAAAUUAAUACAAACAGAUCUUAAAAGCUUAAAGGCCGAUAUUGCUGACCUGAAGUUAUUGAAGUCUGACAUCGCCGAUGUAAAGGCGUCAAUGGAUUUUGUUCAGUAUUCGGUGGAUACACUGACAGGCAAAGUUAGUGCUUUGGACAAAGAAGUGCAAGAGCUCAAGAAGUCCAAAGACGACAUAUCUAUCCUGAAGCAGCAACGUGCAGGCGCAGCGGAAGCAGGGCGUGCGCGCGGGCGCGGUGUUCGCGGCGUGCCAUGGCGCGGCGGUACAUCGCGGCGUUGCCAGCCCGCACGCCCCGGCGGCGUUUACGGCAUGCAUUCUGCGUCAAACAAUUUUCGUACUACGUCUUCGACGUUUAAUAACGAAAAUGUAAAUUCGAACAAUAAGUAUGUGAGACGUGAUAACAGUUCAAAGUGCAUGAAGUGCGGCAUAACUCAUGGUUAUAAUCAGUGUCCAGCGUACGGAAGGAGAUGCCUUAAUUGUAACAAUUUAAAUCAUUUUUCGCGAGUAUGCAACAAUGUGUACGAGGUGCAGUCGGAGUUCCCACAGGCUGACCAGUCCCCUGACCAGGUAAUUUAUUAUUUUCAUGAACCCAAUAGCAAAUGGUGUGUAGAUUUAUUAAUAAACGGGAAUAAAAUUCAAUUUAAAUUAGACACAGGGGCUGAUGUGAAUGUGCUGCCUAGAAGAUAUUUACAAAAGAUAGGUAUGACAAGUGACAGUCUAAUGAAAAGUGCAGUUAAAUUACGCGGAUAUUCCGGCGGGGACAUUAAAGUUGUAGGUCGGUGUAACAUAAAAGUCAAGUACAAGGAUGUUAAUUACAUCUUAGAUUUUAUUAUAGCCGAUGUAGAUUCGCCACCAAUUUUAGGUUGUCAAUCCUGUCAGGAAUUAAAUUUAAUAAAACUGACAUUAGCAAUAAGUAAACAAAGUAAUGAUAAUUUUAAGGAGAAAAUUCUGCACGAAUAUAAAGACGUAUUUGAAGGUUUAGGAUGUAUGCCAGGUGAAUACAAAAUAGCUAUAGAUAAAUCCGUCCGUCCGGUUGUUCACGCACCGCGAAAGUUGCCUGUGGCCAUUAAAGAAAAGGUAAAAAAUAAAUUAAAUGAGAUGGAAAUGCAAAAAAUUAUAAGUAAAGUAGAAGGGCCGAGUAAUUGGGUGAGUAGCAUGACUGUCGUACGGAAACCAAACGGUGAUUUACGUAUUUGCUUAGAUCCUAAGGAUCUUAACAAAGCAAUUAAAAGGGAACACUUUCACUUACCCACGCUAGACGAAAUCACAACAAAUUUGGCAGGUUCAAAAUUUUACAGCACAUUAGACGCCAAAAAUGGGUUCUGGCAAUUAAAAUUAAAUGAAAAAAGCGCUGAUUUAUGCACGUUCAAUACAGCUUUUGGUAGAUAUAAAUUUUUACGUUUACCGUACGGGAUUUCGUCAGCGUCAGAAGUAUUUCAUAAAAAGAUGUACGAAAAUUUUGAUGACAUUGAAGGUGUGUGUUUGUUUGUCGAUGAUUUAUUAAUAUAUGGUAAAACCCAGUAUGAACACGAUGAACGGUUAAAGCGAGUGCUAGAUAGAUGUAGAUUAAUUAAUUUGAAGUUGAACAAAGAAAAAUGUAAAUUUGCAUUAAUGGAAAUUAAGUAUUUAGAGUCGACUGGUGAACUGGUGCAGACCGGCGUCGUCGCCGGCUUAGUCGGCUUGGGAGCGGUGCUCUCCCUAGGGAUGGUCCUGUUGGACAGCGGUCUUCGGACGUGGUUUCGGCGGGAGUAUUCCGCGGCGCGGCGGUUCCCCUGGGUGUGCUAA